UAAUGAGUGAUAUAUUGAUUGAUGAUCGUAUUAGAGACUGGGUAUUCUUACCAAUAAUAAUUGUGAUGUUUAUGAUUCAAAUGUUUAGAGGAUUAUUAACAAAAUAUAUGGACAAUAGAAAAACAUCACAAAAAGUAACAUCAAAAGCUUAACUUGCUGAAAUGAUUGAUAAGUACAUUGAGUAGACAACAUAAUUAGAAAUAUAACAUAAUAAUCUUAAAGAUUAGCUAGAUUACAUGGAUUAUUACCAGAUUAAUCUUUUAAGAUGAAGAGAGCUCAUUUAUGUGAUCAUGAAUCAGGCAUAUUAACAAAAGCAAGUUAAAAGCCAGCAAAAGAUCCUAUGUAAUCAAUGUCUAUGAUGAAUCCAGCAGCCAUGGCUGAUAUGCUAAAAUAAAAUUUAAGUGGAAUUGUAUUUAUGGCACUUCAAUAUUAAUGGGUUUCUUAUUUUUUUUCUGGUUUUGUAAUUGGAAAAGUUCCAUUUCCUUUAACUUAGAAAUUCAGAACAAUGUUAUAGAGAGGAGUAGAUGUUUAAAAUUUAGAUGUUAGAUAUAUUAGUAGUAUCAGUAUUUACUUUGUUUUGUUGUUUGGAGGUUUAUAAAAGAUUUAGUAAUUGAUGUUUGGAGAUGAUAAUGAUGAAUUUGUUGAUGGUAAUAAGUAUUUAGAGUAUUAUUAUUAGACACUUAAAUGUAAAUGUAAAUGCAAAUGAUGGGAAUGCCAACAAUGCCAUCACUUGGAUAAUAGAAUGACCCAGGAAAAUUAUUUAUAGCUGAAAGAAGUAUUAAAUAUAAAAUAAUUUAGCUCGUUUGGAGGGUGUAAAACAUACAUUUGAAUUAAAUAAAUCACAAGAUAAGGCAAUGAAAUCUUUAAAGAGAUUUUUAAUGUAAUGAG